AUGUCGAAAACAACGCAGCAAUUAACAUCGAGAAAAUGGGUGGGAGCACGCGCGCAGGCACGUGCGGAGGACGCAACAAACCGAAGGACUAACGCUACUCUGCCGUCCCCACCGCACGCCUCGCAAGAGCAUUCCGCUUCACCCCCGCCACCAUCCUUGGCGCAAUUGCCGCCAUCCCUCGUUUUUGAGCGCCAGGAGGCGGUAGAUGCGCUCAGUAACCUCUACCACAACGCCGAUAUGGUGAAGACAGUGGAGACGGGUGACCCUGUGUUUGAUCUGCGGGAUGCCUCUAAGUUUCAUGAGGAGCUGAUGGAGUGUCUCAACACUAGAGCUAGCGCGUAG